AACACCAGCCCUCUUCUGUCUCACUCUGCUGAGCUCACAUUCACCCUUCUCUAUCCACACUACAAGACAAGAAGCUAGAACAAAGAUAACGCAAAAGCUGCUUUUGUUCUGACUCUUUGGAGCAUCUAAAUGAGAACAGAGUAUUACUUGUGUUCUGAAGCUGGACAUCUCUUUUGCUUUUAAAUGUGUAUGGUCAUAUUUGCUCCGCUUUUUGCCAUCUUUGCAUUUGCAACAUGUGGAGGUUACUCUGGGCAACUGCGGGUUAGUGUGGACUGCGUCAACAGGACUGACAGCAACCUCAGCAUUGGCAUCAACUUUGCCUACCCAUUCAGGUUGAACCGGGUGGAAUUUGACGUGCCGAUGUGUGAAGGAAGGAGGCAAGAGCGGCUCUACCUAAUCGGAGACUUUUCCUCCUCCGCCGAGUUCUUUGUCACCAUUGCUGUCUUCGCCUUCCUCUACUCCCUGUUGGCCACUGUGGUCUACAUCUUUUUCCAGAAUAAGUACCGUGAGAACAACCGCGGACCUCUCAUUGACUUUGUAGUGACCGUGGUGUUCUCAUUUAUGUGGCUAGUGAGCUCAUCUGCCUGGGCAAAAGGUCUUUCAGAUGUAAAGGCAGCGACUGAUCCUGGUGAGGUGGUUCUGCUCUUGUCGGCUUGUAAGGUGCAGGCCAACAAAUGCAGUUCAUUAUAUGGACCCAGAUGGUCUGGUCUGAAUACGUCUGUGGUAUUCGGAUAUUUAAACUUCGUGCUGUGGGCUGGAAACAUCUGGUUUGUAUUUAAAGAGACUGGAUGGCACAAGGGAGGUGCAGCGAGGCACCCUGUCUCGUCCUCUGAAAAACAGGGCACUGCUUUCAACCAACAGGUCUACAACCAGGGAGGUUUUGAUCAGUCAGGAGUUGCUUUUACUGGAACAGGGGACUUCGGCCAAUCGGAGUACAGCCAGGUGGGAAAUUAUGCUUCAACUGGGCCUAUCUCCAACACCAAUCAGUAACCCCCUCUGCCUAAUAAGUGUAAUCACCUUAUAGAGGGGACCAAUUUUUAAGGGCAAAAUUCAACAUUGAGCACAAGAGGAGGAGUAAAUGAAUUUAACAGAUAUAUUAAUAUGCAUCCUUUAUUUCUGAUGAAACAAAAUACGUAAAGGCUAUCGCUUGUCCAGAAUAAUAUGUUUUUUAAAUAUUAAUGACAGGGAUCCUCAGAUGCAUUGUACAAUUUUUUAAUUUACAUGUCUGUAAAUGUAUGUGAAAUACCACUGUUUACUGAACUAAGGUCAUUACAUCCAAAAGUGAAACUCAAUGCAAGUAGAGUUAAAGAUGCACUCAGUAAUUCUAAUCCAAUACAUUUUUUGUCAAAUUCUGCAAAUAUCUCCUCACAGUCUGCUUGCUGUCCCUUCUGUGGGUGGGCUGAAAAAAAAUAUUUGUAGUAUUUGUACACAGCCCUGGCUCUGUAAAUGGGACAAAAACAAAGUGGAUCGAACCGAUCCACACAACACUACUCCAGCCAAUCGGCAAUAGGGGGUGGUUCUUGCACGUGCACAGGAUGGGGGGGGGGCAGAGCGGGAGGGAAAUUCAUUAGAAGAACGAGGGUAAAUCUGGCUGAUGCGAACUUUCUAAACUCCAUGGAGGACAAAUGGCUGGGAAACAUAUCAAGGGAAAAAUGUCAGACGAAUAUAAACUAAAAAAGAAGGAUUAUGAUAAGUCGAGGGCUAGGAGCUGCGUCAACAUCGGCGAGGAUUUUCUGCGGUGGAGAGACCUCUGAGAGGUAAAAGGAAAGAAUUUGUGUGCAUGAAUUUGGGGGGCGGAGCUUCCAAAGGAGCACUGAAGGGAGGGGUGUGUUUGUUUUGGCAGUUGAGUUUGAAUAUUAACAGUGUUUCUCGGGAAUCGCUGAGUGCACCUAUAAGCAUACCUGUCCUAUAAUGAUGAUCACCUACAGGAAGUAAUACUGGCAAUUUAGAGUAUAUUACAGAAAACUGCAUUCUUUUGUUUGUGUAGAUGUGAAACAACUGUUUGUCAGUUUUCCAGAUUUCUCAUCCCCUGAAUAAUGUAAUGCAAGUGGUCAUUGUGUUUGCACUAUUGUGUUAAUAAAAAUAUGUGGUCCACGUUUAUGUGGCUUUCUAAUGUUUAAACUGUAUUGAUGAACUGCAUGGAGUUGUGCCAUAUUAUCCUUAUUUCACAAAUUGCAAAUAACUAAUUUUUUUUUUUCCUUAUAAAAGGGUCAUAUUGUCUGUUCAUAGGCCUUUAUGAUCAUAAGGUGAUUUAAAUGCAAGGUAUUAAUCCUUGUACUAUAAGAAAUACAAUUCAUGAUUACAUUCCCUGCAAUCAUAUGUAUUUUCUUCUAUUUUCUGGUCCUUUUAAAAUGCAUGCUGUUUAUUAACCACAAAGACUAUAAAACAAGAAGAAACACCCCAAUACAUGGUAAUGUUCUUGUUCUGAUUGCUGUUGCAUUUCAAUGUGUCUUGAUAUAUUUGCAUUUUAAAUCAAUGUGUGUGAAUGCUUUGAUGCAUUUUGUGCAAUGCCAAUAAAGAUAUUGUACAUUCCU